GUCAACUGCCGUUAGCUUUCCGUUGCAGCAAUCAGCUCCUAGCAUGUAUGCUAAAUGUGUAAACUGAGCUAAUUGUCACUUUUAAACUUCUUUUCCGGCUGAAAUUGCGGUUAGUUCGCUUUCUGCUAUGAGAACUCCGAGGAACCACGACAUCUCCUGAGUCUACAAGCAUUUUUUGAGGAUUUAUUGAUCUUUUUUUUUGGCGUGAACAUCACCUCUGCCUGGGGAAACAUAAUUGGCUAGCAGCUCGAGUUCCUCCAGACGGAUGGAUCCUCUGGGUGCUCGCUCCCAGUUCGUGGACGUCCAGACUCUCCCCACGUGGCAGCAGCAGCUGGGCGAGGAUGGAGAGGAAACGCCUCCUCAGGACCUCAGCGACGGUCCACUCGGCCAGCAGAGCUUCCCCUCGCCGUUCCCCUGCAGACCCGACAUCAACCGCAAGAUCGUCCUGUUCACCGGGGAUGUCGCUCUGCUAAACUGCACCGCCAUCGUGAACACCAGCAACGAGUCGCUGACCGACAAGAACCCGGUUUCUGACAGCAUCCACCAGCUGGCCGGACCGGAGCUGAGAGACGAGCUGCUCAAACUCAAAGGAUGUCGGACCGGCGAGGCGAAGCUGACCAAAGGUUUUAACCUGGCGGCGAGGUUCAUCAUCCACACAGUGGGACCCAAGUUCAAAGCCAAGUACAGGACGGCGGCGGAGAGUUCAUUAUACAGCUGCUACAGAAACAUCAUGCAGCUGGCAGCAGAGCAGUCGAUGUCGUCGGUUGGCCUCUGUGUCGUCAGUACGACUAAAAGAGGUUAUCCACUGGUGGACGCGACACACAUCGCUUUCAGAACAGUGCGCAGGUUCCUGGAGAAUCACGGAAACAGCAUUGAGACGGUGGUUUUCGCCGUGUCGGACACAGAGGAGCCUGUAUUCAAGAAGUUGCUGCCUCUCUAUUAUCCUCGCUCUGAGGACGAGGAGAAGACUUUCCUGCCUCUUAUUCCAGCUGACAUCGGAAACUCCGAGGGCGAACCCGUCGUCCCGGAGAGACAGAUUCGUAUCGCCGAGAAACCUGGAACCUUGGAAGAUGACAGCGAGGAGGAGAACCUGGAUUUGGAUCUGGGUCAAGUGGGAAAUCACGCCUUUGCUCGGAUGGAGGGCGACGUGGACAAACAGAGGAAACUGAUCUUACAGGGCCAGAUGUCAGAGGCAGCCAUGCAGAAACAGCACCAGAGAAACUACAGUCGCUGGUUGUGUCGAGCGAGAGCAGAAGAUCUGUCAGACAUCGCUGCACUGAAAGCCUUGUACCAAACCGGCGUGGACAUGUGUGGACGGACAGUGAUGGUCGUGGUCGGACGAAACAUCCCAGUGACCCUCAUCGACGUUGAAAAGGCCCUGCUGUACUUCAUCCACGUCAUGGAUCACAUCACGGUGAAGGAGUACGUGAUGGUUUAUUUCCACACUCUGACCGGAGAACACAACCAUCUGGACUCCGACUUCCUCAAGAACCUUUAUGACAUCGUGGACGCCAAGUUUAAGAAGAAUCUGAAGGCCUUCUACUUUGUCCAUCCAACAUUUCGCUCCAAGGUCUCAACGUGGUUCUUCACCACCUUCAGUGUUUCUGGCAUGAAGGACAAAGUUCGCUACCUGGACAACCUGCAGCAGCUCUUCACCUGCAUCAGACCUGAGCAGAUCGACAUCCCUCCGUUUGUGCUGGAGUAUGAUGCACGAGUGAAUGGACCCUACCAUCCAUCAGAGGCCUCCAAUCUGUGACAUCCAACCAGUCGGACCUUUAACUGGGAUCUGGCCUGAACUCGUAACCUCCUCUUUAAAGAACCACGAUGAGGGAAACUCUCCUUUUGUUCCAUCGCUGCCAAAAAAAAGGACCAAAUUCAGAGUUUGGAGCCACAUUUAGACCAAUGUGGACUAUGUGUGGAUCUGCUCUGGUUUCUGGAUUAUGCCUUACAGUUUCCUGAAGCAUCGCCUGAGGGUUUUCCAGAAUGUGGGUCAGACUUCGGGGAGGAUGACGUCUGUCUGGGUUUCCACGCCGUUUAAAUUCUGCGGCAGAGACUCUGAAGUGAAGCGUAACGACGGGUUUCAGUCUCCCGGAAGUUGGAAAUUCCCACCUGGUAGGCUGUAAUAACGGCGUCUGUGUUCUCCUGCGGUCGCAACACCAGAAGAACAACAUUAACUUCUGUGGGAUUUUCCUCGACAGACUACAACGCUGCUGCUCGGCUAGCUAGCUACGUACCAUAACAUUAAAUUCACAUCAUCUAUUCAGUAGUUUAGAUGAGAAGAUCAACACAUCUCUGUCAAGAUUCCAGUCUUUUGCCAUUUCUUUAGCAUAAAUAAUCAAAGAAAUUUAACUUUUUUCAAGAUUUAUGGCAUUAUAUUUGUGAAAAAAGAUUUUCAAGUUUACUUCAGACCAUGGUUUCGCUGUUUAUAGUACAUUAGAAUGCUCAGAAACAUGGUGGAAAUGACUAGGAUCAACAAAAUCAAAGGAUAUGGAUGUUUUGGGCACAAAAAAACAUAGAAAAAGCUCAGAUUUAUCACUAACAUCUCACAACACAAUGUUUGACCAUUUUGCUCAGAAGGAGAUAAAAUGAUGCAAAAAAUUUACCAAAACAUCUAAAAAAUAACCUAAAAAGUGACUAAAGUGUCUUGAAACUUGCCCAAAAUGACAUAUGAUGCAAAAAUUGACAAAACAUCUCAAAAAUGGCCCAAAAAGUGGCUAAAAUGUAACUUGCCCAGAAUGUUGCACAAAUUGAGUAAAACAUCUUGAAAAUGACACAAAAAGAUACUGAAAUAUCUUAAAACUUGUCGAAAAUAACAUAAAAUUAUGCAAAAAUUGACCAGAACAUCUUGAAAAUGACCCAAAAGAGACUAAAAUUUCUUGAAACUUACCCCAAAUGACACAAAUGUGCCCAAAAUUAUACAAAAAUUGAACAAAACAUCUCAAAUGAUUUGCCCAGAAUGUCACAAAAUAUGCCCAAAAUGACAAAAUGAUGGAAAAAUUGACUAAAACAUCUUGAAAAUGACACAAAAAGUGACUAACUGCCUUGAACCUUGCCCAAAAUUAUGCAAAAAUUGACAAAAACGUCUCGAAAAUGACCCAGAAAGAGACUAAAAUAUCUUGAAACUUGCCCAAAAUGACACACAGUUUUGAUUAAGCUCAUGGGUUUAACCUUGUUGGGGCGAAUCAAACGUGCUGAAAUAAACUAAAACUUUCUUGUAAACUUUCCUCUUCCGUCUAAAAGCUUCACCUCGUCUUUACAUAGCAGCUCCAGUCUGUCCGGUGCCCCAAGAACCAACACUAUCACAAUAAAAGUUCCACUAGCUGCUGAUUUCACCUUCAUCUAGUCCAUCUGAUUUCACUUUUAAACCCUCGCAGCCUUAUUUUGUUUGUUUGUUUGUUUGUCCACACAUUUGACACUAUAAGAGUUCAGCUGAAAACUUUGAGGCUUUGUAAACAAUCAAUCCGUAAAGGAAAUAGAACAUUAAUCUGUCUUUAAAUCAGAUUUUUCUUCGUACGAGAAAGUUCGGCGAGAUUAUUCCAAGACGAACCACAAGGAAAACUCAAAUAUUCCCACCUCCACUGACAAAAUGCCUCGUUUUUUUGUUGCUUUUACAGAAAUUAAGAUGUAAAAGUGUCACAAAUGGAGCGUUGGAGGAAAUGUGGUGCUUCAGGUCACUGAAGUCUUUAUUGUCAGAGCUGUGAUUCUCUCAGAAUGUACAUAAAUGAGCCAAAUCUUGGAAAUGUAUAUAAUCGUUACUGUUUUUGUUUUUUUUUUAAAUAUAUUUAUAUAAUUUCAAGUGAUGAAUGGAGGUUGGUUGGACCGCAUCCAACGAGUGACUUGGUUAUUGUUCACAUUUGUUGUACCGUUAAGUUUCAUUUGGGGGUUUUUUACACUCUGAUUAAAAUACUUUUCCUCUGUUAAAGAA